AUGGUUGAGAAGGUUUACGUCACGUACAACCAGGUCCACAAGCUCUGCCAAGAGGCAGCUGACAAGAUCCUUAAUGAGUUCCAGCCCAACCUCAUGAUCGCUAUUGGCGGCGGAGGCUACGUCCCUGCGCGCAUUCUGCGAUCUUUCCUCAAGAAGCCCGGUAGCCCCAACAUUCCCAUUCAAGCUAUCGGUCUCUCCCUCUACGAGCAGCUUGGCUCAGGCCCCGAUUCCGAAGUCGAAACCCCCGGCACAAAAGUCACACGCACACAAUGGCUAGACCUGUCCUCGCUCGAGAUGGCCAACCUGAUUGGCAAGAACGUCCUCAUUGUCGAUGAGGUAGACGACACCCGCACAACGCUCGAGUACGCCGUCAGGGAGCUGGAAAAGGACGUCGAGGCAGCCGUCAAGAAACUGGGACGCGAGGGCGAGAAGACCAAGUUCUCCAUCUUUGUUCUACACAACAAGGACAAGGCGAAGAAGGGCCAACUGCCCCAGGAAAUUCUCCAGGGCCGUUACAUUGCCGCCAGGACCGUAGGCGAUGUUUGGAUCAACUACCCUUGGGAAGCUACCGACAUUGACGAGCACGACCGCCACUCCAAGGAGGCAGAGUCCAAGUAA